UUUAUAAGGAAGCAACAUCACAUUUUGAGCCCGUUUUUCAACAGAUGGGUUAAUUUAUUUUGUUCAUAAAUAUUGGUUGCUUUGGUGUCCUUUUGUUGUUUUUUCUAAUUAUUGUAUAUUUUGUUUUACAUCUGUAUAUGUCUGGUGUGACAAUCUUAUAACAUAGUUCACCAUUGAAAUACGUGGGAUCGACUUUCCUGUUAUUGACAGCCUGGGAUAUUCCUAGGCGGAGGCUGGGGAGGAGCCAAAUACGGAGUACUAAGGAAAUUCGUUAGUUAUAAUUCUGGAAUAAUGGAGGGUUUUGGGAAACGCACGUAGACCUCGCUCGUUCUUUGCUUACGUCGUUAUUCGCCAAGAUCGAACGCUUUCGGGAAAACACCCCUGGUAGGCUGAAACAAAAUCUUGGUCUGGAUUUAUAGCUUUUGGACCUGAAAUGCCCAUCACUGCUGGCUGAAUGCUAAAUUUCUGAAAACAUUCAAUUUUAAGUCGUGCACAAUCAGACAGAAAGAUAAAAGAGGAAGUUGGCUUCACAGAAACGGGCGGAUUACCUUUUGUUUCACCAUGUUUUUCACAUGCACGCCUAUGUGGGGUCCGUCACUGGUACUCGAUCAGCUCAGCAGCCCUGAAUUUGGACGAAGCAGAGGUCAGGAAAUUUGCAGGAUGUGGAAAAUAGUGUUCGUUGCCCUCGCCAUUGUGUCUGACAUCCAAGGAACCCAAGAAUCGUGCAUGACCGUAGCGACGGGGGCAACAGUGACGCUCCCACUGAAUUACCCAGACUUUACGAUGGAUCAUGAACUGAUAUGGAAGCACAACUUUACCACCAUCUUGAAGAGGAAGAAGCAAAACGUCAUCUUGGGCCAGGAAAGCAGUAUGAUGUCAGAUGGCUCAUUGAGGCUCAUUGACCUACAGUUACGCGACACGGGGAGCUACCAGGUGGAAGUCUAUAACUCAAAUGGACUACAUGUCAAGCAAUCAUCUGUGACCCUGUGUGUCUUGGAGAAGGUGUCAGAGCCUACAGUGAACUACACCUGUAGGAUACAAUUGGUUCUUACCUGCCACUUGGAGAAGAAGCCAGGCAAUGUGACCUUUGAGUGGACUCGCAAUAACAUCACGGUGGAGAGGGAAAAUGAGGAAACACUCAGAGUGGACGGGAAGUCGGCAUCCGGUACAUUCUCCUGCAGAGCAAGGAAUGAGGUUAGCGAGGAGAGGAGCCCCAGUGUUACUGUGACGUGUGGUGACCUGGGUCCUACUAUCUCCACCUUGAAUCGACAGUCGAUUCCGUCUGGUUACGACCUUCCUACCCCUUGGCUAAAACCACUCCUCUUAUCUGUCUUCUGCUGUCUCUUAAUGACAUAUUUCUAAAUUCGAUUUAAAAAAAAAAAAUAAUGAAACGCCAGGGCUACAGUAUAUUGGUGGUCAUGAUUUAGAGUAUUUUUGUUUUUCCUGUUAACUCCAGCACUGUCAGACCUGUGUUUGUAUCUGUAGGGGCUUCUGUCAGGUGAGCAAGCCAUUCAUUUAACUUAACCUUAUUUACAGGAAUAUAAAAUUAGCUUCUGCUUUUUUUCUCGUGUGCUCUUGUCUGUAGGCGUUACCACAGCCUGUUUCUUUCUUUACGCUAAUGCCAAAAACGUUCUGCUUUAAUUUCAUUCCCACGUUUCUAUUCAAUCUCCACUAAUAUACUUAAAUAAAAUCCAAUGGUCCCAUUUCCCACUUACAACAUUCUGUUCACCCUCCUGCAUGGAAUCUUCUAGCAUUAGCACAGAUCAGAAACAAGGGGUUUUAAUUGAUUUAUGAUCAGCAAAGAUAUUUCUGUGACUAAUGUAAACUCACCUUGUGUAGGGCAAGUGCAGCAUCACGUAUAGGACAUCUGGAUUCAUACUGAAAGCCCGUAUAUUUGGAUAUACUGUGUAACUCAUUCUUAUAUAGGAGUGUUGAUCCCUUCCCCACACGCACACACACACAGACACACGCACACGCAUGUGCGCACACACACAGACACACGCAGAAUGCCCUGUGGUUGACAGAUGAGGCUGUCCCUAUUGUAGUUUUUUUUUCCUUUUCACAUGUCUUGCAAGCAUAUAAAAUUUUGGGCAGCAUUAAGUUGAAGGGGUCCUCCUGUCAUCUGAAGUUUUCACUAAGCCAGUGCAAUAGCAGAAUGCUCAUGCAGUACAAAUGACUUUUCUUACUGUGGUAAUAAAAAUUCUUAUUGGUACUUCA